CGCCCAGGUUGACAAGGACAGACGCAAAGGAUAAGAGAAAGCAAAGUAUGCCACCUCUUGCUGGAAUAACCCACUCCUGGUGUAAAAAACCCAUCACAUUGCCUGGAAAUGCUAGUGCACUCAGAGCUAAUAUGUGAUAAAGAGCAGCUCAUCUCCCUCCUGCAAAGUGGAGAAUGAACAGGAAAUGCAAUGAUCCUGCCCAAAACAGAUUGUUGGGGGUAGGGGGAGGAGUGGAAAUGCUUCCAAGCAGCAGAUCCCUGCUGGUGCUGUGGCUUUUGGUAUUUAGCUACAACAUGAUCCAUGGUCACAAUGAGGAAGACAAUGAGUUUCUGGAAAAUUCAUCCAAAUUACUGAAUCCAGACCCUAAUUUCCUGGCUCCAGACUGCCCUAGAGACUGCACCUGCACCCAGGAAGGAGUUGUGGAUUGUGGAGGGAUCGAUCUGAAAGAAUUUCCCAUAGAUUUACCAGAGUCAACAAACCACCUUUCCUUGCAGAAUAACCAGAUACAAGAAAUCUUUCCAGAAGAGCUUGCACGUCUUUACAGACUAGAAACGCUCAAUUUACAGAACAACAGGCUCACUUCGAAAGGGCUUCCAGAGGAGGCAUUUGAACAGCUGGAGAACCUGAAUUACCUGUACCUUGCAAACAAUAAGCUAACCCUGGCUCCGAAAUUCCUACCAAAUACUUUGAUCAGUGCAGAUUUUGCAGCCAAUUACAUCACAAAGAUUUAUGGGCUUACGUUUGGACAGAAGCCAAACCUGAGAUCUGUGUAUCUUCACAACAAUAAACUUUCAGAUGCUGGGUUACCUGAUAAUAUGUUCAAUGGCUCUAAUAAUGUGGAGAUAUUGAUUAUGUCCAGCAAUUUCCUGAAGUAUGUUCCAAAGAACCUGCCUCCAGCACUAUAUAAACUACACUUAAAGAACAACAAACUGGAAAAGAUUCCCAUAGGAGCCUUCAAUGAUCUUGCGGGCCUUCGAGAGCUGUAUUUGCAGAACAACUACUUGACUAAUGAAGGGAUGGACAAUGAAACCUUCUGGAAACUAUCCAGCCUUGAAUAUCUAGAUUUGUCCAGCAAUAAUCUUUCACAAAUCCCGAGUGGCUUACCUCGAAACAUCGUCCUCCUUCACCUGGAAAAGAAUGCAAUUAAGACGAUUGGCAGGGACGUCUUGAUCCAAAUUAGAAACCUUGAGUACCUUCUACUUCACAACAACAAAUUAAAAGCCCGAGGGAUCCACCCGCUAGCCUUCCAGGGUUUGAAGAAGCUGCACACUGUCCACUUGUACAACAAUAUGCUGGAAAGGAUUCCCAGUGGGCUACCUCGGCGAGUGAAGACACUUAUGAUACUUCACAACCAGAUCUCUGAGAUUAACAGGAAUGACUUUGCUACCACUUACUCACUGGAGGAGCUAAACUUGAGUUACAAUAAGAUCACAAGCCUUCAUAUCCAUCGGGAGGCCUUCCGCAAGCUGAGACUGCUGAAGUCCUUGGAUCUUUCUGGGAACAACCUCCACAUACUGCCCUUCGGCUUUCCAAAGAACUUGCAGAUUCUCAAACUGAAGGAGAACGACCUAAGCACCAUUCCAAGAAGAGCCCUGGCAGGAAUGACAAAGCUGCAGGAGCUCUAUCUGAGCAACAAUAAACUGAAAGUCAAUUCCAUUCACAGGGGAGCAUGGAGAGAACUCAGCAGUCUCCAGCUAUUAGAUAUGGGUGGCAAUCAGCUGAUUUCUAUUCCAUCGGACUUGCCAGGAUCCCUAGAAUAUCUAUAUCUCCAGAACAACAAGAUCACCAUGGUAUCAGAGAAUGCCUUUGAAUCCACACCCAACAUAAAAGGAAUUUUCCUCAGGUAUAAUAAGAUAGCAGUUGGAGCAGUGAAGGAAAGUACAUUUCAAAGCCUAAAGCAUUUACAGGUGCUGGAUAUUGAAGGGAACUUUGAAUUCACUGAUACUUCAAAGAACAGGGAUAAUUCAGAAGAGGAGGAGGAGGAAGAAGAGGAGGAAUCAAGAUAACUAUGAACAGACUCAAGCACAGCAUGUGGAAAACAUAUGGAAAAUGACAUAUAUUCCUGUAUCUAUAUAUAGAUAUACUGAGAGCACUUAGAGAAAUGUGCGCGGUGAACUACACUCAGACUAUUUGUUGUGGCACUGGGCCAGGCUUGUUGAUUAAGGCCUGUUAUAGUGCCUUAAUCAGGGAGAGACCCUGAAUGCUAUCCCAAAGCUUCCACUUCAUCUUAUACAAGACUCUGGAUCAUAAGGAAUUGCUCUGGAACUCACAAAAGCUGGCUUUUGUUUCUUCUUUUUCUCUUCCCCUAGCAUUUCCAUCUAUAACAACAAUAUGGGACUGUUUUGAACACAUGCCUUCAGAUACUGUUUUUGUCACUCCAUUUUAAAUGAACCAUAUAUAUGUUUUGUCUCUUUUCUCUCACCCCAAACAGAUUGAUAGUUAAUCAAGAGGGAUGGGUAUUUACAGUAGCUUCAUCUGUGGAGCAGUAUAUGAGGCAUCUUCAUCACCAGACUGCAAUAAGAACAACCAGACUGCAUUAAUCCAUUCCUCUGUUAGUACAAUAUGUAUAUUUGGAUGAGAAAAGCAAAUUAAGGCUGGAUCCCAUAGUAACUUAUCCCUACUAUCAAAGCCUGCAGUAUAUGCCCAUGUUAGAAAGGUUUUUAAAACAAAUCAACAACUCUUGUACAUAUAUAAAAAAGAGAGGCAUUUUUACAUUAUCGUCUUUGUCAAAGUUUCUAUCCUGCUGCUUUUUGUCCAUGAGGCAUUUGUAUAAAUAUCCCUGAAUAGUGACCAGGUGAAUGGACCAAAUAAUAUUUAGGAGCUGUGCAGCAGCACACAUUUUCAACUAGAUGCAUAUUGUAUAGCAUACAUACUUACAGGCCUGAUCCUGUGACCACCAAAGGCAGUGAGAGUCGUGGGUACUCAGAACCUCUCAUAAGCAGACCCUAAGAUGUCAUUAAGGACAAUUAGGGGAGGGGUUUUCCAUCAUAGUGCCAGACUGGGGAACCAACCCUUGCAGGACGUUGGGCCCUUAAAGCUGCUCUCACUUUUAAGACCCCUCCUGUAAUAUCCUGAGCGCACUCAGUUCCUAUUGAAAUCAUGAAACAGACAUGAAAAAAUAAGAAUCAAAGCGUAAGGGCUGUGAGGUUCUAAUCUGCUUGUAAUGUCCUUCAUCUGAGCUAUCUAAUCAGUGCAAGGAAGUUGUUGAUGAAGUGAGGGUUUCUGGUUGAGCACAUGUUAUUUGCAUAAUGUGCUCCUAGGAUUUAUUUGCAGGUGUUUUGUUGGCUUGUUUCUACGCCAGCUGUUUUCCCUACUGGCGAAGGUCUAGUUAUACAUUUUCCCUUUUGAUUUCUCUAACACAUGAGUUAUUCCAAGGCCUGGCCAGUUCUCAAUGGGGACAAUUCAACAUGGCCACAAGCCACACAAGGGAAAAAAAAAAAAGCAAAAAAUUACUUCCAGAACAAAGAAAAAACAAAAAUCAAACAUUAAACAUGAACAAGAAAUACAAACAUGAGCUUUAAGUAUGUAUUUGAGGCAAAAAAAACAACUGCCAACUGAUUUCUGGAAUAGAUUUCCACAUAGCGAUGUAUAUGGAUCACUCAGCAUAACGGCUCACUCAGACUGUCACCCCACAAAACAGAUCAACUUACAGCACCCCCAAACUAUUCAGAGUAUUUCUGAGGUAAUAUACAGAUAUCAGAGUUGCCAUGAGACCGUAGACCGCACCCCCUAAAGAUGUAAGCAGAUUAACAAGAGAAAGCAUGGGUUAAAAAGCUGAAUAUAUUUUACAAAGUUGUCUCAAACCUACAACCCCUCUUUUUGUGGCCCUGGCUGAUAUUUAAGCUACCUUAUGUACAAGUGACAAUGCUCUUCAGAAUCCUCAAACAGUUGAAAGCUUCUCUUUACCCAUUGCUAUUGGAAUGCAAUGGUGGUAAAGAUGGGGUCCAUCUAACAACUUAUUUCCCCCCCCCGCAACAAACAGUCACCUGAUUUUUUCCAGGGAGUUGCUGAGAACCUUUUGAUUCCCAUUAAACUUUCAAUUUCAUUUGAGUGCUCCUGGGGAAGGACUGAGUGCCCUCAUCUGCCUCUGAAAUCAAUAAGAAUUGAGGGUAUUCAACAAUUCCCAGGAUUGGGCCCCCUAGGGCAAGUGUUAGCAUUUGCUAAGGAAGGCCUAACUUCAGUCUGAGGGCCAGAGUCUGCUUUCUUUUAUACCAGUGUAAAUCUGGAAUAACUUGACAGAAAUUUAAAAAAAAAACAAA